GAUUUUAUUGAAGUUUAGGCCAGAAGUUGCUCAUAAGUCUAGUUUUAGCUGGCCAAGUUUGGUAACAGUUUGGUUCGUGAGAAAAUUUGACUAGACAGGCUAAAUUGAUCUGGAUAAAAAAAAUGUUUCCCUUUCGAAAGAAAUGAUGAAAAGUAGAAAAUAACAAAAACAAAAAUACACGUAGGAUACCCGAGUUAUCAAAUUUUUAGUGCAAACUCUGACAACACGAUUGGCACCACUGACCGUCGUCGCAGCCUUUUCUAUAUACCGAUUACAGAUAGGUGGAAAAGCUCCAACAAAAUAACGGAGAGUGAGUGUACGAACAAGCAGUGAGCAGAGACGAUUAGAUUGAAUGAACGAACGGGGAAUGAAAGAAGAAAAAACGCAGCAAGUGAAUUUAGCCUGAAAAUGUGAACGCGUAUUGUUUUUCUUUUUUUUUUCGUUUCUAGUCGUGACUUCAAGUCAUUGGUUAUAUGAAUGUUAUAUUUUCGCCUUCCACCUGGAAUAGAACGCGUCUGCUCGGAUCGGAACAGCACUGUUUAGAAAUCAACGAUGAAAACAGAAAUCAAGAGCAUUCAGUGUACCUAACUAGACAAAGGAAGCCCUCGUCGCCAGUUUUUUUUUCUUAUGAAACAAAUUUUAUGUGGAACAUCAAACGAUGAAUAGCGAAGAAUUAAUAGAAAAAAAGUACAACGAGGGAAAAAUGUACAUUUUCUCAAAUAAGUGUAAAUUUUUAACGAGCUAUUACUUUGAUUAAUUACCGUUCGUCGAUGCUUCAGUGUGUAUCAGUGUAAGGAUUGUGGUGUAGUGUCAGUGUUCAUCGUGUGUAUGCAUGGAAGCUGGAGGAGAAAUUCGAAGCAUGAAUUUUCCUCUAGAACAACAUUAGCAAGUAGCAGCCAAGCGAAAUUAUUUGAAGAUACAUAAGUGUCAAUCAUUAACGCUGGCGAGAAGGAAACACAGAUAUUGUGUUUUUCGCUUGCUCCAACCAAAAGAAUCUAUCUUUGCAAAGCAGCAGCAGCGACUGACAUCGGGCAACCAUGGGGGAUCGCGAUAUUCCAAGUGUUCCAAUCACCACCUUGGCUGGUCUGACCAGUCUGUCGGACAUGCUCAGCGAGCUGCCGAUAUCGGACUCCCUCUCGACGGUGUCGACAGCGCUGAACCGAUCGUUGCUGUUCCAUCCACGUGUUGCCGAAGAAGCCAACAACCUUUUGGCCACGCGGGACGAUAGCCUGAUCGGGCAGCUGGUGAAUGCCAUCGAGCAGACCAACUCGGAUCAUAUUGAACUGAAGGAUCAGUACGGUCAGCAAACGACCAGCAACAAGUCGCUGCAGGAAGGCCCUCUGCUCUUGCAGGCGAUCCAUUCCUGUCGGCCGGAUGUGUUCAACAGGCCCAUGACGGCACAUCAACAGCAGCAGCAAUUAUUGGCGCAACAGCAGCAGAAACUAAUAUUCACAUCACAAACCCAAGUUUCAAACUUUCCAAGCGAACACUACCACCCUUCCAUACAAACACACCACCAGUCGUUGCAGCAUCAACAGCAAGAUUACCUGAGUCAGGUUCAACCUUUGUCACAGCAGCAGCAGAUUGUCUUUAGUCAAUCCCCAGUUACGAUACACCAUCCUAACCACCCACCAGUACUCCAGCCGCAGCAGUCGCAGUCGCAAUACCAACAACCGCAAAACACGGUUCAGAUUGCUGCUCAACUGAAUCAGUCUAAACUUCCCUAUCAACAACCGCAACAACAACAACAACAACAACAGCAGACGCCACCUCAAAAAGUCAUCAUCCGGCAGCAAGUUAUUAAUCUUCAAAAUAUUCCUUACUCCUCCAACCCUGCAGAAAACAACCAGCAACAGCAACAAAUCUUCCAACAACAACAUCAACAGCAAUUGUUACAUCAGCAACAGCAGCAGCAGCAGCAUAAUCAAAACGUCAUUGUAUCACAUCAAUCGGUUAUCCAGAAUCAACAAACCCAGUUUCACAGUCCGCCGCAUCAGCAACAGCAGAAGCCGAUUGAUCCACAUCGGACGGUUAUCCAGCAGCCGGUGGCUACUGCUGGAUCUUCCUCGAAUGUGCUUCCGGGAUCGGGUGAUUCACCGGAACCGGCUCUGCUGUCUGUAGCGAAUCACGUGCCCCAACUGCAGCAACAGGCAACAUACCUUCAGCAAGCUGCUUCACAACAACAACCGCACCAAAAUGUGAUAAACAUGAAUAAUAAUCUAAACAGUGCCUCGCCAGUACAGCACCACCCACAACAACAACAGAACACAACCAACCACGUUCAGCCACUACAACAACAACAACCACAACAGCGUUCGCCGCUGGCAGUAGCGAAGCAACAAUCUCAUCCAGCUAUCACCGAGCAAUCUCAACUGAAGAAUGGAAGCACUACUGCCCUGCACAACCAUCAGCACCCACGCCCGCACGUUCCCACCCAACAACAACCACAGCAGCAACAACAACACAAUUCUAACCACCUUAUCAAGACACCGGAAGCGGCACCACGGAAUAGUGAAUAUCUGCAGCAACAGCAGAGUAAAAAUCUAGACUCCCGAGGUCGUCCGUCGCCGGCCCAGGGUACGACGGCACCGGAAACGGACCCAACUCAAACCAGUCUACGCAAGCAACAGGAAAACCAACAAGCUCAGGCAGCUACUCCUCCUGUGCAGCGAAUAAACCAACCGACGCCGACGGCUACUCCUUCGAACAAACCGCGUCCUGGUGGCAUUUCAUCGGGAGGUACGCCGCCGACUACCACACCAACGACGGGUCCUAGGCCGAUUUCUGUUGCGGGUGCUUUGCACCGGGCGGGUUUGAAUGCGCUACCGAAGCCAAACACCACCGCAACACCGGUAACGUCGAUUGGAAUAUCGGGAGCCAUAAUGAGGCCACCGACUAGCACGGUAGCUCCCACGACGCCUUCCAGUGCGAGUCAGCAGACGCCUCAACCGCAACCGCAGCCGAAUAAGACGCCAAUGAAAAAGCCACAACGAGUUAAUCUUAAGAAACUCUGUAGAAUGAUCAGCAUGGCAGACGUGGACACCUUGAAUCUGAAGAAGUGUUCGAUUCGAGUGGAGAAACUUAACGAAGACCAUAUGAAGAUGAUGCAGGAAGAUUUGAAGAAGUUUUCCCAGGUAGAACCCAAGCUGGCGAUGCGAUUAGGACUGGUUAAAAAGAACGCUGAAAUGAUAUUCAGCAAGAUGAAAGAAGACGAAAAGAGGUAUACCGGUUUGUUAGCAAAGCGGAAGGCCCAGGACGAUGCAAUUAAUCCGGAGGAUAUGUUUAGUAAGCCAAAGCUGCGGAAAGUUGAAAGGAUGGUAGCGCCCGUUGUAAAGAAGAUGUCCAAGGAGGAACUGAUGAAUACCAACACCUAUCAGCGGUUUAUGUCGAUUAUGGGCAAGAUAUUCGAUCAGCUGGACGAGACUGAGGUGCCCAAUUUGGACGAUGGAGACGAGCAGUUCGAGUGUAUUCCAACCAGCAUGCUCAGUAGUAUUAGUUCAGAGGCCGCUAAGUUGAAAGCGCGGAAUGCAAUCGAUGCUAUUCCGGAAAAUAAGCUGACCCUGUUGAUUACGUACGCGAUGCGGUCGAUCCACUCAGCUAAAAACCUUAGCGGCACCGAGUUGCAGGACGAUCUGGUCGGGGAUGAGUGCAUCGAGAAGAUUUUGAAUGCUAUGGAAGCGGCGUUGUUGAUUUGUUCGAUCUAUACCUGCAAGAGCACAAAAUUCCUGCAGGAGGAUAACAUCGAUGCGAUCAUCAAGUUUGUGCAGUUUCAGCUGCGAGAAACAGUAUUUCCCUCGUAUGAUCCCGUGUACUCGGUCGAGACGAAGAAAAAAAGCGAUGGCAAGAAGUCGAAAAAGAUACCAUCCUAUCAACAGAAGGGUCUCUCGGUGCUGUAUACGAAAAUCGUAGAACUGGGAAAACAGCUGGUGACGAUGUUCGAAAAGUUUCAUUUCGUCGAUACCAUUGUGAUACACGCGUCGGCACUGGGCGUUGAGCCGUUCUUCGUAGACAACAUCGAGACGCUGCAAUUCGUUUGUCUCGAUCUGGUGACGUCCAUUUUCCAAAACGAAAAGUAUUCACACCAUCGACGGAACAUUGUCGCGGACAUCCUUUCGUCGAUCGAUCGUCUUCCGCACUCGAAACGGAAUCUCCGCCCGUACAAGCUGGUCAACAAUGCGGGAAACAUCCAGAUGAUGACGGCUCUCGUGCUUCAGUUGAUCCAGUGUGCCGUAGUCCUACCGGAAUCCAUGGGCGACAACAACCCGAAGAAAGCAAACAACGAAGCUGUAGUAAAUAGCAGCAAUCCGAAAUCGGCUGAUCUCUACAUCAUCGGAAAGUACGAUACGGCUCUCAGCAUUGGGGGAAACUUUCUGGCUACCUUCCUAGAUAAGUGCAAAAGUCGCUCAAGUGAAACGGAUUUCCGUCCUCUAUUUGAGAACUUCAUACACGACCUCCUGACGACCGUGAACAAACCCGAAUGGCCCGCUUCGGAACUGCUGCUAAGCUUGUUGGGGACGAUGCUGGUGAAGAAAAUGUCCGACAAGGGCGUAGAGCAAUCGAUUCGGGUAGUUUCGCUCGAAUAUCUCGGUAUCGUGGCUGCUCGGCUACGGAAAGACACCGUAGAGUCCCGAUGCAAGGUGCGUACGAUGGAUUCUUUGAUCAAAUACAUUAAAAUCGAACAGGAAAAAGAAGGCGACGAAUAUAUGAAGAACUCCAAGUUUCAACUGGACGAAGAGGAAGAACGAACGGAAUUCUUGCAGAAGAUCCUACUCGAUUUCUUAGCGGCCAAUGCUCAGGAAGGGAACAUCGUUUGGAACCAUGCGAGGCAUUUUUACAUCACACAAUGGUACCGCGACAUCAUUCAACGGAAGAAAAGCAUCGCCGAUGGCGAAAAAGGAUACGCAUCUCGAAAAAAGCAAGCGAAGAAGCGAAAAAAAUACAUCGCUAGCGAAUCGGACAACUCGGACGGCGGUCGGGGUGAUUCCGAUAUUGAGGAAGUCAAACCUGGCGUCGAUCAGGAACUGAAUAGCGAAAUUUUCCGGCUGCUGGACACUCGGAAGACGACCUACCUGUCGCAAGUCUGCCCCUUCGGAGGUAAGAACGCCAACGUGAGUGAAAUCAAAACCUACAUCGAUUAUGGCAAUGCAAACCUGAUUGCGCAAUACCUGGCCAGCAAGCGGUCAUUUUCGCAAAGUUUCGACAAAUACCUGCAGAAGAUUAUCCUGGUCGUACGGGAGCCGGUCGUUGCGAUACGGACCCGUGCGAUGAAGUGUCUCGGCAACAUCGUCGAGGUAGACCAGAUGGUGCUAGCGCGAAAGGACAUGCAGAUGGGCGUCCACCAGAAGCUCCUCGAUACGGCCAUCUCGGUGCGGGAAGCGGCCGUGGAUCUGGUGGGGAAGUACAUCCUGUCCGAUCCGGAUCUUAUCGAUCAGUAUUAUGAGAUGAUUUCGCAGCGGAUAUUGGAUACGGGUGUUUCGGUGAGAAAACGGGUAAUCAAAAUUCUACGGGACAUUUGCAUCGAGUAUCCGGAGCAGGACAAGAUUCCGGACAUUUGCGUGAAAAUGAUUCGCCGGGUCAACGACGAGGAGGGUAUUCAGAAGCUGGUCAUGGAUGUCUUCAUGACCAUGUGGUUCAAUCCGUGCAAUCCUAAUGAUAAGGCCGCAAUGGAUAGGAAAAUUACUCAAAUUAUCGAUGUUGUUUGCUCGUCCCAUGAGACUGGAACUCACGGUUUCGAUGCGCUGCUCAAAUCGAUUUUUGAGCCCAAAGAAAACAAGGAAGAUUCGAAGGCGAAAAAGGAAAUUCCGAAAACGCUAAUCAAGGCGUGCCAGCAGAUCGUCGACGGUUUGGUGGACGCAACGAUGAAACUGGAAAGUUCCGAAAACAAGAAACUGGUCGGCUGCAUCACGGCGCUCCAUCUCUUCUCGAAGAUUCAACCCCAGCUGCUAGUGAACCACGCGAUGACACUGGAACCGUACCUCAACAUACGCUGCCAGAAUGCCAUCAACUACAAAUUUAUCAGCAGUGUGGCGGAAAUUUUAGAACAGGUGGUGCCACUGAUGGAACAUCCCAGUGAAAUCUUCCUUGCCGAUCUCGAAUCGCAUCUGAUGAUGCUGAUCGUGACGCAGAGCCAAGCGGUGGUAUUAAGUUGUGUGUCCUGUCUGUCGGGGGUUGUAAAUAGGAUUACCAAGAAUUACGCACUUAUACGAGACUGUUUUUCUAAAUUUUACUAUAAGGGAUUAGUAUCUAGCAAAGAAAAGUUAAUCUCCGAUCCGUCGAUACCGAUAGAGCAACUGUAUAGGCCCCAGUUUAGGCGAAGUAUUUACACGGUAGGAUUAAUCAUGCGGUACUUUGACUUCAAGCAACCGGACGUUUACGGUGGACAGGACGAAGCGCAAGGAUCGCUACCGGCCAACAUCUGCGAAGACGUGUACAGUACGUUGGCAUUUUUUCUGUCCUGUAGUCAUAGUGAAAUUUGCAAGGAAACUCUGCUGUCGAUGGGUAAUUUCUGCGUGAAGAAUUACGAGUAUCUGACGAAGACGGAACUGCGGGAAUACUACAACUACCUGCUGACGCAGGAAACCGUACUAACGGAGAUGAAGAUUGUCGUGCUGAAGAACAUUCUCAUGUAUCUGACUGAGGAGGAGAACAAGAUGGUUCGAAACGACAAAGAAUGGGCAAAGCAAUCACAAACCGAAGACUUGAAGGAAAUGGGUGACGUAUCGUCCGGCAUGGCAAGCAGGGUGAUUCAAAUAUAUUUGAAGGAAAUUCUACGAAGUUUUCUCCACCGAGACACCGGAGUGCGAAUGUGGGCAAUGCGUGUGGUUGAGAUUGUGCUCCGGCAGGGUCUGGUACAUCCAGUACAAAUAGUUCCUUUCCUAAUAUGUUUAAGUACCGACCCAGAGAAAGAGGUGGCACAUAGUGCAGAUCGUCAUCUCCAGGAGAUUGACAAGCAGUAUCCGGGCUUUGUAAAUAUGAAAUCUCACGCCGGGUUGCAGUACUCGUACGAGUUGCAAGUCUUGUUGCAAAAACUUGACGACAGUAGUAUAGUUAGAGGAUAUAGAAUCAGAGAUCCCCAGGAACCACCGAGCGCGAUGAAUGGUUUUCUGUAUACUCUGUUGCGGAACACCAAACCCCAGCGGCGAGCGCUCGUUCAGUCGAUUACGAAGCAGUUCGACGACGGGAAGAUCUCGCUGCAACAAAUGCUCUACCUGGCGGACAAUCUGGCCUACUUUCCGUAUGCGGUGCAGGACGAGCCACUGUAUAUAAUUCAUCAUAUUGAUGUGUUGAUUUCCGUUACCGGCACUAACCUUCUGGCCACAUUUCGUGAGGGGCUGAAACCACCGCCUGGCGCGGAGAGCAACCCAGAGCAGGCACCGAAUCCUCUGGAGGAUGACGACGAUGAUGACCAGGAUGUGAUUCUCAAUCGACUACCGGAUGAUACGACCGAAUUGCAGAACUGCAUCACCGCGGCGCAGGGCGUCAUGCUUUUACUAAUACUCAAGCAGCAUUUGAAGGAUAUCUACGGUAUCACUGACUGCAAAAUUUCUCGAUACUCACCAUCGGAAGCGGGUAAAAUCUACGACAAAGCUAUGCAGAGGCGAUCUAACACGCUGUUCGAUCCCAAGGCUACGAUAACCCUGCUGAAGGAAAACCGCCAGGCGACGGCAAUCCAGUCGGAGGAAGACCGAGCCGAACUUGUGCAGCGAUAUCUAGAUUUCAAGCAACUGAUGCUGCGGCUCGAUCCGGACGAUCCCGACCUCCUGGAUGAGGAUGAUCGUGCACCGCCAAAGAACUCUGAACCGAAUUCGACCGUUACCACUCCGGUGAAGCAAGGCGGCGCCAACAAUGCCGGUGGCGCCGACGGAGAUAGCAGUGCUACCCCAGUCAGCAACAAUGUCGGCGGCGGUGGUGCUCACGCCAACAAUGUAAAUAGUGCUACUACGGCUAGUAGUCAUACGAUGCCGGCCAGCACACACACACGGACACCGAAGUCCUCCUCACGGUCGUCGGCAACGACGAAUGCUGCGUCCAGUCGAAAAUCCCAACCAUCGCGAAGUUCUCGCAAAAAGCGACGGAAACUGUCCAGCACGGAGGAGGAGGAAAGCGAAGCUAGUGAUAUGGAUUAUGACUAGGCGAAGAGCGACAGCUUCCACCAGACUUUACUCACUGCUAAAACGGAAAUACCCGCAAGAGGAAAUCGAGAUACAUUUAAUAUAUUCAAUAGUCGUUUAAGCAACAAUAUCAGAACAAGAGAAUGUUUUUGAUCCAUCACCAUACAAAACAAAACAAACAAAAAAAGCGUCUGUGAAUGCACAUUUUAGAAAAAAAGGAAGAUGUUUCGGAUGCGCGCCGAUUGUAGUGGCCGGAUUCAAGCAGAAUGUUGGUCUAUAUGUUUCUGUAUGCAAUUUUCAACCCGUAGUAUUUUCCCCUCGAACCAAUUGUUGUGUGAACACUGUUUCAUCUUACCAUCACACGUCAAUGGACGAAAAAAAAACAAACAAACAAACUAUUAAGCUAUUUACCAAUUACCCCUAUAGCUACUUUGUCCAAAGGAGAGACCCCUCUGGUAUUUGGAUUAUUCCGUAUCGGAUUGAUUGCAUGCAAAUCGAAGCCACCCACGUCUAGCUGUGACCCAACACGGUAGGUACACGUUUAGGACGGAACGGCUUUUUCGGAACCAGUAUAUUUAGGCCGAGAGACAGAGAAAGGCAAAGAAACUGUGAGUUUAGGAAUUUUGUGGCAUGAGAGAUAUUAAUACGUAUGUGUAUAGUAGGAAGUGUUUAGGUUCUCGAAAACAAAACGAGACCAAAGCGGACGGUUUCGUUUCUGUUCUGUGUGCGUGUGAAAACUAGUGGGACUUAAAUUGGAACAGAAAAGGACCGCUGGAUCCCUCAGAAGAAGAAAAAAACUGCGUGUGUAGGAAGAUGUUUUAUUGCGAUAUAUUUAAUUCUAGAACUGUGAGAUAGGCAGAGAGAAACGACGGACGUAGAAAACAAUAGAAUACUUUAUCGAGAAAUGAAAAAAAGAAAAGAAAAGAAAAAAUCACCAGAUUCACUGAUAAGAGAACAUUGAAUUUAAAAAUAUUUAAUUUAUUCAUCAAUGCACUAUCAACGAGAAUGUCGUGAGUGAAGAGUGAAUGCGCGCGAAAACUCAUGAAGAAACUGGUGAAAAUGUAUGAAUACAAACACAAAUAAUACGUUUCAGGAGAAACAUUUCUUUGUAAGAAAAAAAAAACCGCUUGAAAGUACAGAUCAUCCUAAACCGACCCCCUCGUGUGAAUGUAUGAAAGUGUUCGAACCGUGAAUGUUGUAUUUAUCGAAUCAGCAAUUGUAAAUAGUCUUGUAAAUAUAGAGAAAAUAUGUUUUUUCCCCUUUCCGAAUGUGAGAAAAGAUGAGACAAAUUUAGUAGUAACCUAAAAUCGUUUCAGAGAAAGAAAACCAACCACAAAAAAUAAAGCGUUUCGGAUGAUGAAAAACAAAAACAAACUAAUGCAAGAGAAAACAAGGCAGAGACUUUAUUUAAAGUGUUUUUAGAUAAAUUAUUUAUAUGAAAAGAAGUGAAAAUGGGA